GCUUUGAGGAACCCAGUACAGCUGAUAGCUCGGGGGGCUCGCGCACACUGAUUCCUGUCCUUUGCGCGCACCAGAACCGAGCAGAACGCCACCAGAAGCUGACGGCACCAGUGAGGUGACACGCGUCAGGGACGCGCUUGCUGCUCGCACCCCUCCCAUCGCGAUUACUACGAUUUUUAUAAGGGGAAAUCGCCCACAAAUCCAACCCCGCCCAUGCUGCUUCCGCUGAGUGAGGAUGGCUGACGGACAGGACUCCGUUCAGGUCGGGGAGAACAGAUUCGUCAGCAAGAACACUCUGCUGUCACACCUGAAAACGUACAACCUUUACUAUGAGGGACAGACGCUCCAACUCCGACACAGGGAGGAGGAGGGGGAGCUGAUCGUGGAGGGGCUGCUCAACAUCUCCUGGGGCCUGCGCCGACCAAUCAGGCUCCAGAUGCAGGAUGACAAGGAGCGAAUCAGGCCGCCUCCCGCCUCCACAUCCUGGCACUCGGGCUGCAAUCUGGACGCUCAGAGUAAGGAGGGCUCCCAGCAAGCACCGCCCACCGUUGAGGUGACAGAGUCAGAGAGCCAAUCAAAUGCCAGCACUGUGAAGGAGGAAGGAGAAGCAGGAGGUGAAUCCCCACAGCUCCUGAGGACUAAAAGUGACGCAGGCGUGUGGAGGCGGGGAGCCCGGCGAUCACCUAGCGACCAGCGGCGAAUCAGACGCCAUCGCUUUUCCAUCAACGGCCACUACUACAACCAUAAGACAGCAGUGUUCACCCCUGCUUACGGCACACUGACUAAUGUCCGUAUCAACAGCUGUAUGACGACUCCUCAGGUCCUGCGUGUGCUGCUCAGCAAAUUUAAGAUCGAGAACAGCCCUGAUGACUUCACCUUGUACCUUGUACACACCAGUGGUGAGCGAGUGAAGCUGAAACGCAGCGAUCACCCCCUGGUCAUCCGUGUGCUGCAGGGCCCGUGUGAGCAGGUCUGCAGGGUCUUCCUCAUGGAGGAGGACUUGGGAGAGGAGGUCACCUACGACGUGGCGCAGUACAUCAAGUUUGAGAUGCCGGUGUUGCAGAGUUUCAUCACCAAACUGGGAGAGGAGGAGGACAGGGAGGUGCAGAAGCUCCGGAAAAGGUACAAAUCACUUCGCUGUAUCAUUGAGAAGCAGUUGCAAACUUUGGCGGAGCGGUCCACCUGUGUGUGGCUCAAACUGCCUCUAUCAGGUCAGGGUACGGACUAGGUACCCUCACCUUACCACUGAGCUAUGGAACAGGCUCCCCGCGCUAUUACACUUUUUUGGGGAUGGGGGUUCAUUUUCUGACCAAAUUUAGCUAAGCACAUUACAUCUACUUUUCAAUGGCACAAAAUAAAAACAUUACUAUUGCGAAUAUGGGUCCACAAAGAUUCUAAAGACAGCUGGAUAUAUAGAGAAAUUACUGCAUUGUUACUUACAGUAAAUGAGCGAUUAAAGAGGCCUCAUAGGUGUAAAUUGGGUCCUAAUUUAACAAAUGGAACAAACCCCACAGCUCUGCAGGACCAGAGAUCAGGACCUGUUUUUAAGAAGUGCGUGUGUGUACAGUGCAUGAAUGCACACCAACCCACGCAUAUUAUUAUUUUGAUUGCAGCAGUUGAAGUUCAGUUGAAAACAUUCUUGGACUGAAAGAAUUUGUAAUAUGGUGCAGCCACCUAUACAAAGACAUCUGUGGAGCUCACGGCCAAAUGUUGAGAUUUUCUAUUGUGUUUGUGCACGCAUCUUGUGUUGUUUGUGUAGCUUUAAAAGGACUGACUGUUAUUUUCAUUUUUUGUAUCAAAUUAUGAAUAUUUGUGUAUGUUGGUGUAUUUUUUAAAUCAGAGAAAUGGCACAUCCUUUUAUUUCUCCCAUGGUAAGGACAAUGCCUUAAUUGUGAAUGUUUUUGACUUGUUGAGUGUUACGCUGAUUCAAGUGUAAUAAACGUGUCUGGCGGA